GACGGAACCGGAAACGCGGCCAAUCACAACUUCCACACAUGUGUGAGGGAGAGACUCAGGCUGGCUGCUUACACUCUGAUUGUGUUUCAAUCUAAAGUUGACAUUAAUACAUUGAAUACCAGCAGACGACAGGCUGCGUCUUCAGCAUGGCGGAGGUCGUUCAGCACCGGAUUGAGGAGAGGAUCCCUGAGCUGGAGCAGCUGGAGAGAGUGGGACUGUUCACCAAGAAAGAAGUCAAAUCCAUAAUCAAGAGAGCAACGGCUCUGGAAUACAAGCUCCACAGGCUGAUCGUUAACAAGGAGGACUUCAUUGCAUAUAUUCAGUAUGAAAUCAACGUUUUAGAGCUGAUCAAGAAGAGAAGAGCGCACAUACAUUACCAGUUCAAAAGAGAGGAGAUUGAGUUCCCCGUCAUCCAUAGAAUAAAUAGCGUCUUCAGGAGAGCAACAAAGAAGUGGAAGGACGAUGUGCAGCUUUGGCUCUCACAUGUUGCUUUCUGUAAGAAAUGGGCCACCAAAGGCCAAAUCAGCAAGGUGUUCUCAGCCAUGCUCGCUAUACACCCAGACAAACCAGCCCUGUGGAUCAUGGCGGCCAAGAGUGAGCUGGAGGAUAGGAACUCCUCUGAAAGUGCCAGACACCUGUUUCUGAGGGCUCUGCGCUUCCAUCCCGACAACAAGAAAGUCUACCAGGAGUACUUCCGCAUGGAGCUGCUGCACUGUGAGAAACUGAGGAAGCAGAAGGAAGAGCUGGAGAAAGCUGAGAUGGACCUGGGUGAAUAUGAGUUUUCUCCAGAGAUCCUCAGCGGCAAACUGGCUGAUGUUGUCUACAAAGAUGCUACAGGGAAAAUGAAAGAAGCAGAGUUUGUCAUCUCACUUCUGAACAUAGCAGCCAUCUUUGACUUCACCAAAGAACUCCAGGACUUCAUCCUGCAAGACUUACAGGCUAACUACACAGCGGAGAGCCUGACGUGGGAUUUCAUGGCUAAGAGGGAGCUGGAGGCUCCGGGGGCCGGAGAGGAGCUGCAGACCGCCAAAGGCCGAGCCUCGGACAUCAACCGCAGAGAGGAGCGCUGCUGUCAGGUCUAUGAGGAGGGGGUCAAGAGCCUCAACACCGAGCCCAUGUGGUCUUGCUAUGUGACCUUCUGCUUGGAAAGGCUGAAAAGAAAGACCAACGUCGAAGAGCUGAAGGAAAAGAGGCAGCAGAGGCUGCUGGGAGUGCUGCAGCGCGCCCACGACUCCUCAUUGCUGAAGGAGGAUUAUUAUAAGAACUGGUUGCAGAUGCUGCUCUCCACCGGAGAUGCCGAGGGAGCGGCCAGCGUUGCCAUGGCAGCCACGCAGCGCUACAGCCAAUCGGUGUCAGUGUGGAGCCUGAGUCUGCAGACGCUAAUGCAGCUGGGGAGUGGAGACGUGGGCAGACUAUUCCAGGAGGCUCUCACACACGUCCAUCCCAAGGAGAGUCUACCACUCUGGCAGCUGCAGGUCCAGUGGAGCGUUGCCAACCAGAGUCCUGAGGAGACAGAAGACAUCUUCAAGAGAGGGCUGCUGUCUGAAGUACCGGCAGUUGCCAUGGAGAUUAAAGAGAGCUACGUUGAUUGGUCGUACUCCACCGGAGGCUACAAGAAAGCUAGGAGGACCUUCACAAGCUUACAAGAAAACCGUCCCUUGUCCAAGGCCUUUUUCACCAGAAUGAUUGAGAUCGAGAAGGAACAAGAGACUCCAAAGAUGAACAGUCUGAGAGACUACUAUGAGAGGGCCCUGCAGGAGUUUGGUACCUACGAUGACGAUCUGUGGCUGCAGUACAUCCAGGAGGAGCUGGGGCCCCUCGGACAGCCAGAGAACUGCGGCAAGAUCCACUGGAGAGCCAUGAAGUUCCUGGAGGGGGAGAGCGUGCAGAGCUUCACGUCCAAGUAUACUCUGAUUCAGACCGGACACUUAUGAAGCGCCCCCGAAGGGUCCAAGUAGCGUAGCAGGUUCAGCAACAACAGCCUGCGUUCAACAUCUGUGUAGAAGUUCAUCAGCCGCAGAUGUUCUUCCCGUUCCUGUAGACGAUGUGGUGCUGUGCCCAUCCAUUAAAUGUUUCUUUGUCUACAACUGGAAAGCCAAUAUUGCAGUUUCUGAAGUUUACUGUCCAUUAAGAAAAAAAUUUGGAGUUGGAAUUUUUCUUGAUUGAGCUGCCUCUUUUAAACGGUUGUAUUCUGCAGCUGUAAUUCACAACUUUUCUAUUUUAUUUUAUUUACAGCCAACGGUGCUGCAUUUGAUACCAGACGAAUGUUGGUAACAUGUAGUGUCGUAAGGAUGUCCAGUUUUAUAAAUUCAACAUUUAUUUAGCAUUUUGAGAGGACAAGCUUUGAUGCUGUUGGCGAUAUUAAAACAGACUUUAAUUCUGGGGUGUUUCUCUGUUGUGGUCCUUCUGAGACAGUGACAUUACAAAUGAACACGGAUAAACUCACUGCACACACUUCUUUCACAUGGCAAUAGUUCUCAAUGAGGCACUACUUCUUUAAAACUGUUUCACUUAGCAGAUUAGUGGAGUUAAUUCAAGUUACAAUGACAUUAACUACAAUUACACUCUAAAAUUCUCAU